CCUGUUCAAGCGUAAUUCAUUAAAAAGAAUGUCUACUACUUUUAAAAAAAUGCUAUACCAAUCUACUUCACACCGGUCACCUGCUUCAGAGCCGUCACCACCUAACGACACAGGCGAGAAAACUCGACUUGAUCGUAUAGUGGAUUUUUGGAGUGCAAGUUUGAGAAAGCCAACUCCUGAAACAAAAUGGACAACAUAUCAAGAUUUCACUUUAGAGUCUAUCCAAGAGAUGUUACAGAAGAAGAUAUGGCAGAAUAAAGUUAAAAAACAAAGUUUUGACAUGCAGCGAUAUGAGUCGCUGGGCCCGGAUAUGUCAGCAGCUCAGUUUGUUCUUGACAAUGGUGGAAAAAUAAAAAUUGAUGGCGUUAAGAACUGGAUCCCAUUGUCAGAAGAGUCGGGCAGUUCAUUAAUGUUUCUCAAACCAGAUGGUCGCUUAGAAACCAUGAAAGUGGAAGGGCUAGACCUCUCAGGAGUACCUAUUGUUUUCGAGGCAUUCAGGAAUUUUGUAAACCUACAGAAUGUACGAUAUAUCCGUAUUUGGGAUAAUGACAUCUUUGAUGACUUCAGUUUGACUCAGUUUGCACUUUUUCGUGACAGCCUGGAGUUUCUUGAUAUUAGCAGGUGUCCCCAACUGACAGAGCGGGGACUGGCGUGGCUUCACCAUCUAGAGAAUUUGAAGUGUUUAAGAUUGGAUGAUUUGAAGGGUGUAGAAGAUCCGGAAGUUGUAAUUGAUUUAAUCAGGGAUAUGUUACCAAACUGUCAAGUCCAGGGGAUUAUUGGGACUUCACCAGUUCAGGAGGACAUAGAACCUGCCCCACCAAACAGGGACCAUAUAACAACGUAGUUACAAAGAAUGAUAACUGUAAAAAAAAACAGACUUCAUCUUAAUUGCUUUUAAUUUUCAAACACAUGUGAAAUGUUGAUG